UUUUAACCUGUAGCUAUUUCUGUUGACUGCCCUGCAGCUGUAACGACCCCUCGAGGAAGACAGUUUAGAAACGACCUGUGCCAUCCAGCCAAUGAACGGAAGGUGAUGGAGCUUACGCGGCUUUUCCAUUCUGCACUCUACAGCUCUGUGAACACUACGAACACAGCAUUCGUAACAGGAACAUCUUGCCGCGCUUCGGCGCCACAUUUCACUCUGGCAUCAAUGAACGUGCAAAUCAUCCUUGCAUCAUUCCUAGGCAAUAAAUGAUGCGUUGUCUCGAGUGCGAAAGUGAUCAACUGCGCGAAGAUGAAGCGACGGGGGAAAUGAUUUGCUCGGAAUGCGGAAUUGGAACCGGCCGUUUUGGGGGAAUUACUCAUUCUCAAGUCUUCAUGGAAACCCGCGGUCUUCGCGUUGUUGGCGGGACUUCACGGAAGCCAGUCACACUGGAUUCAUUUUGCAACAAUAGCAAUGCUAAACGGCCACAAGAGCCAAGUCUGAAUCAUGCGUCGCCACCGCCGCUUCCUCUCGAUACAAGUUCUUCGCCCAUCAGGAAGACUGCAGACACCGCUGGAACUUCAUCUGUUCUCGCUGCACAACAGCCGACUGUGGGAUGGCGACCAUCGUCUUCCUCGUCAGACGAAGAGGGCAUUCGAACGGACUCAGCCACCCAACGAACAUCCAGACCUAAGCGCGCAUAUCGCCCCUGGCGCCUGUCCGAACCGUUUACAUGUCUGAUGCGGCAACAAUCCAUCGAAUUUUCUCGAUUGACCGCCUUAACAGCCACCCGUGAAGAACGUUUUCUGGCCACAGUGUGGCGUCUGUGGCUUAACUACCUCGGGAUUACCGGUGAACUAGGUGAGCGAGCCUGGCGCGUUGCCUCCGUGGGGCCCGGUCGUGCCAUGAGUAUACUGCUCAAAUUGGAAGAGUUAAACCGUUUGCAGCGACAUGGUGUAAAGUGUCGAUCUUCCAGUUCGGCAACACGACGCUGCUCGAACCCCCGCGAUUCGGAUAGUAAGAGGCUGUCUGACAUGUUGCAGCAAGAUUGGCAGGUUAUUCAGCGCCGUCUGGAUCACUUUCUUUGGGUCGGAUGGGGCUCAUUGUACGAACCAAUCGAGGGUCGUGAAGCACUGGAUCCAUUUCUUGGACCAUUACAACGCGCACAUGCAGCAUCGGUACAUAAGCUCCAGAAACGACGCGCAGUCACAAAACGGAAGACAUCCCUCGGGGCAUCAGCCGCGCUCUUGAGCGCACCAGAGGAUUUGGCUGAAACGGAUGAUGAUUGGCUCGCUGCUGUCGAGCUGGAACCAAUCGAUAGCUUGAAGGACGAGGCUGUGGUGCAGUUAAUGAGUACAGAUCCUGAUUCUAAGUCUACCGGUUACAUAAAUUCCCCACGGGCUGCUUGGAGGGAUUAUGUUGUAAUGAAAUUGUCUCAGUCACAACCUUGGAAACGCACUUUUUGGCGCGGUCAGGUUCCAGACCAGAAUUCCAGGGCACUCGUGGAAUAUAACUUGGCAAUUCUUUUCUUCGCUUACCUCACCGAAAUGCCUGUUCGCCCUGCCGUCAAUCCCAUCGCUUGGCCACAUAAGGACCUCGCAUUUCUGUCUUCAGGUGCCGUCGCGUUUUCCCAAAUGGCAACAUUGCAGGAUAUAGCUGAACUGGGAAAUACUGGGAAAUUAACUCUUUCUGUCUUUGGUUCUUGGCUACCUCGUGGGUUAUUUACUGCACACGACCAAGCUCUGCAAAGUCUGCUGAAGGGGAGGGCUUCUGUUAGCAUGGAGCACUUAACUUCGGCCGCAGUUCGUUUAACUCAUUUUUUCGGCCUCUACCAGCUACCCAAGUUUCCGUUGUGUUGGCUUGUGCAGAGGUUCCUGGUCACCCUGGGAUUACCUGACGCAACAUACAACGUCAGUCGUUUGUUACUGAAACACUUCUCACUCAAACUGCGAAAUUCCACCACUCUUAUCGCAGGCCCUACUUUGAUCCCUUUCAUACCGUGGGCCCGUGUGUUACGAGUAGAGAUAAUCGCUAUGGCUGUGGUCGUGAUUACUCUUCGCUUGCUGUUCAAAUUCAAUGACGUGUACGAACAUCAACUCAGCAAAGUUCUCCGUCAACUGCUCGUCCCUAAUGUGGAUCCUGUGGCUAAUAGCUGUGCGGUUUUGCCACCCCUAUUCGACUGGGUCGCCUGGGCCAGCGACGUUACCAAGCGCUUUCGUACAUCGAACUUGCCUGCCAAUCAGCCGAGUUCUCUCGCGCCUAAAUGCAACACUACUGGGGCUUCUCAACGCUCUGAUCUUCCGGCGGUUUAUUGGGCGUCAAGUGAUGAUCUUGAUCACUUGGAGGACGUGAGUGAUUUCCUGGGCGCCACGGAAUUUGAGCCAGGAAAGUCAAUCGGGUGGGGCGAGGUCAGUAUGCGUCAACGUAGGCAUGCUCAAGCCGGUGACAAACUAGCAAUGUCAAAACCAAUCCGUCAGCUGCUCAAUCACGUCCCAAGUACCUCGGUUCAUAGAAAAGGAAUGGUUCACUCGGGACAUUCUGCUUCUCACCCCAAACCGUUUUUUCUGACUUUAUCUGUUGUCGAGGGUUCUAACAGGACAUUCCGGAACACAAGCUUAGAUUUUCUAAUCAAUCCUGAUUUUGAUUGGAGUCAAUAUUCUGUCCAUAAAUCUCCGGGUUCCAAAGACUCGACCGCCCUGGAGCAUUGGAAGGAUUUGGUUAGCCGGCGAUCUGACUACCAUACCAUUUGCACUGGACAGUGGUCCGUGAAUUCUUCUAACUGGUGGGCUAGAAAACACCGCGAUCGUUUAGAGAAGGAGCUGGUUUUACCAGAGUCUGUCAGGCAGUUGAUUGAAAUGCACGAUGCUGCUUUAGCCAACGCGCUUGAACCAUCUGACACAGAAAACAAAUCUCCACCCAAGGAUUCUGCGAGUACAGCCUCGCACAAUGUUCCUGAUGCGUUCCCGAAAGAGUCAAAAAUCAGCACCGAGCCAAGUGCAAGCAUCCAGUGGCUGGUGGAUGUGUGUUCCACCGUCUGUAACGCUACCAGCCCUCGACAGCUGAUACGAGAGAUAAAUUCCGUUGAAAAAUUGUUGUUUUCGGACCACCGAGGAAAGGAUAAAGUGUUUUUGUCCGAUUUGGCAUUGUUCUCUUGCCUUGAUCUCAACGAUAAGCCUGGAUAACACUUGAACUCUUAAGCCUACCAUACUGUAUACUAUUGUAAAGAACAUUUACUACAACUACUUUCUUUAUCUGCGUUAACU